CGCGCUCUUACCUACAUAUUCACUUGAUCAACUUUCGACUACUUAAAGUCCCAUUCCACCCUUUCCCCUUCAUCACCCAUCAUCCCAAUACGAACUCGGGACAUCAAGCAUUGACACGCAAAUGCCCCGGGCUCAUCCAUACCCAAUCCACGCACCCUGCCCGUCCAUCAUUUGAGAGGGACCUCGCCCUUGCUCAGGCCUGGUCUCCAUCUUUCACCGUCCGACUUGCGGACACUUCCCCUCUUCGAGUUGAAAUAAGACCUACAACUUCCUCUCUUCAGGGGAAUUCGAUGGACAUGAGUGCCUCGCCUACCGCCUGUCAAGAUCUUGCUAGAUCUGUUCUUGAGAAUAUCUCAGGAAUAAAUCGCGCCCUCAAUGUCACAUCCGACGAUGUGAACGGCGUCGAUAGCGACGCAAAAAUCAACGAGACACACGAUGACCAUAACGAUAAGGCCAUGACAGAAGCCGACAACGAGGCAGCUGGCACCGUCGAAGCUGUGAAACAAGAAGCACCCCGUUCGCCAGUCGAAUCUUUCCACGAGCUUCCAUUCUCAUGGCUUCAACCACACGCUCUUUUUGUUAUCAUCAUGGUCGGCCCCGAGGGCAUGCCUUUCGGCAUCCAGAAGGACUUUCUCUGUGCAAAGUCUUCCUACUACAGGCGCUAUUUCAGAGAAAAGGCGGCGAACAACGAGUCGGUCGAGGAUGUAGUCGAGCUCCGCGAUGCCUCGGUCGAUGUCUUCGGUUACACCCAGCACUAUCUUUACACAGGCCAGGUUUAUCCUGACACACCUCCCGACUACGAGGUUCUCAUCGGCAUUUGGAAGCUCGGUCACAGCUUGGGCAUUGACGGCCUCUGCGACGCCACGAUCGAUGCCAUGAUCGAGUACCGCCGAAUCACAAACUCGAUCCCUGCCACCGCUCUUCUUGUUCAGGUGUGGGAAGAAACCCCCGAGGGAUCAUCCAUCCGGAAGCUCCUGCUUUCCUGGGCGGCCGAUUACAUGCGGGCCUCUGAGGAUCGGGCAGAGUUUGCCAAGGCGCUGCCCCAAGAAGUUCUGAGUGAGCUAGUGGUGGCCAUGAGCUCGCUGGAUGCGACCCCGGCCCCGGCAGCAACCCCCUCUUCGCCCGUAUCUCAGGGCGUUGUUAACUCUGCCCACCAAGGCUGGCACGAUGCCGUCGCUAAUUGUGAUGGCGAGCAGGCCCGUCCUGCUAAGAGGGCCAGGUACUCCGACGCUGGCCCCACAAACGGUGCUAAGGCUACGCCUAACGGCCGCAAGGGACCCGGUCGGCCCAGCACUACUGGUCCAAAGACCGGUCAGAAGAGGAAGUACAACGUGGCUAAUGGGGAGGUUGAACUUACCACCUCCAAGAAACUGGCGUUCUGCGACGAUCUCCUUACAAGGAUGCUCAGCGGACCAGGCUUCUGGACCCGUCUUGUUGGCCCCUUUCGCGAUCCCGUUAACCCCGAAUCCGACGGUGUGCCUGACUACUUCGAAAAGGUGGCCAAGCCCAUGGACCUGCAAACAAUGAGGGCCAAGAUGGACCGCAACGAGUAUGCCGACGAAAACGAAUUCCUCGCCGACAUGAACCAGAUUUUCAACAACUGCUACACGUACUGGGCCAAGAAGGACCCCAUGUGGCAGGCCUGCGAGAGGCUCCAGAAAACAUUCGAGGACAAGUACUCGCAGAUGUCCAAGUGGAUUGCCAAGAUGGAGGGCCAAGAGGGAUCUAACUAGUCGCUCUGUCCAAAUGGACUUAUUCACCAAGGCCCAAACGGCCAGAUAUGUCAUGGUUGCGGAGGAAGCUGUUGAGAAAAAGCCGACAGUAAUCUCUCGGUUGGAUGGUGUCUGCAUGGAUACGAAUGCCAUCGUCAUCUCGAUCGGAUCGAUUCCGAUACAACCAAGAGUUUGCCCACGAUAGCGACAAGAAACAAAGUCGCUGGUUGGCUGGGCGUAACAGCCACUCAUCGAAAAGGGGAAAAGGGCGAAAGGAAAAAGGUGGUGUUCACGAAGCGAAAAGGAAACGGUGAUUGGUUUUCUGGUGUAGCAUUAUUGGUGUCUCCUUGGUCAUCAUUAACCCGGCGGCGUUUGGGCUUGUUUAUGAUGGGCGGCGCUUAGGUCAUUUUUUGUCCGCAAGCAUGCCAGAGCGGCGAGACAGGAAGGGUUAUUAUUGUAUUUGAAUAUCACUCUGAUCAUAUCUAAGGAUUGGUGGCUGGUCUUGUUGAAGAAAGACUUGAAAGGCGAUGGAAUAGCACUGCAACAGUUUAGGGUCAUUCAGGAAGCUCUCUGAUUUGAUUUUCAGGAAAAGAGAAGGGCAUGACAGAGUACAAGCAACUGCGGUCUUGGUAUCCGUACCAACGAUGAGGACAUAUAAUGAAAGCACUCUAAUUCCAAUUUGCAGACUUGUUCUCA